ACGGCACCAUUUCGAAAAGUGCCAAAAAUAAUUUUUUAGCCAUAAAAUCGUGGACGAUCAAGGUAAUAAAGAUUACCAAAGUUAAAUAAAUUAACAAGUUCGAUGAUCAGAAUGAAAAGUGUGAAACAUUGAUUUCUUUGUCACAUAUCAACGAAGUCAUUAGCUUCGAAUCAUCCAUUUGGUUUGUGAUAAGACCAUUGCUUGAAAGUCAUUUCUAACCCUGCACAAUUAUGGCGAAAUUUCAAUUUAUGUUGCUAUGCUUUCUUUUGAAGCAAAGCGGUGUCUUCUGUGCCACAACUGCACAAAGUGUAUGUGAUAGCCAAGGAAAAGUGGGUUCAUUUCCGAAUCCCGAUGAUGGAACUUGUAAACAGUACGCAAAAUGUUUCGCGAGUAAUGGCGCUAUAGUUGGUGCAUUUUACAACUGUACUGGAACUACUCUGUUUAAACCGUCAGUUCAACAGUGUGUAGUUGGAUAUUCUUGCACAGCAACAACAGUUACCACCACAACUUCAACGACUGCUGCACCAACGACUACAACAACUCCGACGACUACAACAACCCCAACAACUACAACAACUCCGACGACUACAACAACCCCAACAACUACAACAACUCCGACGACUACAACAACGCCAGAGCCUACAACUACAACAACGCCAGAGCCUACAACUACAACAACGCCAGAGACUACAACUACAACAACGCCAGAGCCUACAACUACAACAACGCCAGAACCCACAACUACAACAACGCCAGAACCUACAACUACAACCACGCCAGAGCCGACAACCACAACAACGCCAGAGCCUACAACCACAACAACGCCAGAGCCUACAACCACAACAACGCCAGAGCCUACAACCACAACAACGCCAGAGCCUACAACCACAACAACGCCUGAGCCUACAACCACAACAACGCCAGAGCCUACAACCACAACAACGCCAGAGCCGACAACCACAACAACGCCAGAGCCGACAACCACAACAACCCCAACUACUACAACAACGCCAACGACUACAGCAACCCCAACUACAACUACCACAACAAUUCCAUUUUAAUUUUAUUACAUUUCGAAAAACAUUUCCAGUCAUUGUAAUUAUACGAGUUCCAGUUCAAUUGAAUUCCUAUGGUGAUUACAUGCGAGGAUAAGUAUGAGCUUUUU